GCAAAAGUUACGAGUAGGGCUACGGUAUCAUACAGUAACAGCGGGCUACAAGAACGGCUACUUUUCGCUCCAUCCUCCCGUUCGAUCUUCAAUGACCCUGCUUCACAAUGUCUUCACCACAGCAUGGAGCUUAUAAGCCGCGUACGAAGAAGCCCAAGGCCACCCGCUCCGUCUCAUUUUCUCUGCCUGCGCUACCGUUCCCCUUAGCAUCGUUUUUACACCCGCUUCGCUCGGCUUCGUCCCAAUGGCUUGUUCUACCGGUAUUACUUAUGGUUUCGAUUCUAUUCCGAUGGGCUGUUGGGUUGGGGCCUUAUUCCGGAAUGGCGGCACCACCGAUGCACGGUGACUUUGAGGCUCAGAGACACUGGAUGGAAGUCACGACGAACCUACCCGCAAAGGAAUGGUACUGGCAUGAUUUGGAGUGGUGGGGAUUGGAUUAUCCUCCCCUCACGGCUUACCAUAGUUGGCUUCUUGGAGUGAUUGGUGGUGUGAUUAAUCCGGAUUGGUUUGUGCUUUUCGCCUCCAGAGGAUUGGACGAUGUCGCAUUGAAGACUUUCAUGAGAGCUACUGUGCUAGCCUCCGAAUUUUUGAUCUAUGUGCCGGCGGUGGUAAUUUUUGUCCGAGCCUUUGGUAGGCAGGCGGACUUGAGCAAAUAUGAUAAGGGAGUUGCGCUUGCGGCGAUUCUGAUGCAACCGGCUCUCAUGAUUAUUGAUCAUGGACACUUUCAGUACAACUCGGUCAUGCUCGGGCUUACUCUUCUCGCAGUUGAUUGCUUCAUUACCGAGCACAUUUACUGGGGCUCCUUCUUUUUCGUCCUCUCCAUAUCCUUCAAGCAGAUGGCGCUUUACUACGCACCAAUUAUCUUCGCCUACCUUCUCGGACUUUGCGUGCACCCCAACACCAACAUUCCAAGACUCGUUCUUCUAGGAGCAACUGUCAUCGUCAGUUUUGGUCUUGUGUUUGCACCACUAGUAGUUUUCGGAGGAAAGGAGCAGAUUGCUCAAUGUUUGUUCCGUGUAUUUCCGUUUGCUAGAGGGCUCUGGGAAGACAAGGUUGCCAAUUUCUGGUGCGCUGCCAAUAUACUUAUCAAGUUCCGGGAAAGGUUUGAUUCGGGAAUGCUCCAAAAAGCUAGUCUCAUUGCGACAUUUGUGGCGAUCCUCCCACCCUGCUCGAUACUGUUCUUUAAUCCUCAAAAGAGGCUACUGCCCUUGGGACUUGCAGCAUGUGCAUGGGGCUUUUUUAUGUUUUCGUUCCAGGUUCAUGAGAAGAGUGUCUUAUUGCCAUUGGUGCCUACCACCCUCGUGCUUGCCGGGAACUUGGACAAGAAUACUGUUUCCUGGGUUUCGUGGAUGAACAAUGUUGCUAUGUUUAGCAUGUGGCCACUCCUCCGCCGUGACGGGCUUCAACUACAGUACACUGUCCUCACAUUGCUCUACGCCUGGCUAAUGGGUACCUUUGAGCAUCUCCCAAAACACUGGUUUGGAAAGUUAGUCCACGUGGGAAGCUACGUUUCCAUCCUAGUCACCCACUUUGCGGAAGCCUUUUUGCUCAAAGGCCUUCUACAGGAAUACCCAGACCUGUGGGUGGUGGCCAACGUUGAAAUAUCUUUCGGCUGUUUCACGGUGGCUUGGAUAUGGGUUCUCUGGCGACUCUGGAAAGAGAGUAGAAAGGGAAGGAAGAAGCCAAAGCGGGAGUAGGGGAGUAAAAAUCAUAAAUAUAUUCGUGGCUUCCCCUCCUAAUACACUUUAAUGUAGAUUUGUUUGCAUUGGAGCCGGCUUAUGAAAUAAACAAAUAAAUAGAUGAGUUGAACCAA